ACGGCUGUGGUUCUGUCAGCUGCACGAGACGCGCGGCAUCUUGUCCCAGAUAUGAAAGCUGUCAUUUAACGUUAGCGGUUGACCUCGGUUCUGUUCACAGCCACGUUUCACCUGCCGAACACCGGAGAACCGGAGCCCAGUGCUACUUUUUAAACAGCGGUGUCAGAGUGCCGUCACAGCUGUGUAUGUGUGUGAGCCUCCCCGGCGGCUGGCGCCCUUUGUGACUCUCUAAAGUGAAUGGCCCAAGCACAGAGAGAUGAGCUGGGCUGAGGAGGACUGGACAGUGGGCCUGUCUGGACGGGUUCUGCAAAAAGUGAAGGAGCUGCAGGUCCAUCAGGAGCGACUGUCCAGAGAAAACAAGCAGAAACAACUGCAACUGGACAAUAUCAACACUAGCCUUGAAAAGCAAACUGUGAAGUAUGAGGAGGUGCGUGGGGAGCUGCAUUCUGUACAGAGAGAUCUCCAGAGCGUUCGGGAGGAGGCCAAGGCGGCCGUGACCGGCAGGGAGCGUCUGACCCAGGAGCUUCAGACCAAGCAGGCCCAAGUGUGUUCUUUGGAGGGCCAGUUAGAUGCUGCUCGUACCCUCGGCAACAAGCUCACCCAGGAAAUCAAACGACUGGAGGCUGAGCUGGAGAAGCUGCAGAACAGCAGCAGACCAGCAGAUAUAACUGUGUUUUCUACACCCUGUUGGAAUACAACCUCGCCCUGGGAAAACAAUGGGAGCAGACAGGAAGAGAGGUCUGGGCAGCGAGAUGAAGGACAGAGCCGGGCGAAUGUCCGACAGCGACUCCAGUUCUCGGACAUGCCCACACCUUCAUCGCCACGACAACAACAGAAGAGCACACCACACCGCCAUCCAUCUGACCAAUCGGACAUCUUCUCCACUCCCUCGGCUGCAUUUCCAUGGGAACGGGACGAAUCGAGACCAGCAGCCAGGAGACGACUUCCGCCUUCUCCCCAGACACCCUACGCUGAUGUCACAAAUCAAGGCCUGUCAGAGCAGGGGGGUUGUGGGAAGGAGAAGGAUCUCAAGACAGAGACAGACAUAUCCUUAUCAGAAAUGCGGCGUCGUAUCUCUGCUCUGGAGGACGAGCUGUCUGCGAAGGCCAGCACAUUGAAGAGCAUUCAGAGUGAAAUGGUGCAAAGUAAAAAGGAGCUCACUGCCAAAGAGCUCAACCUUCAGAAAAUCCGUGAUGAACUCAGCCUGGCACACACCCGAAUGGCCCAGGACAGUGAACGGGCAUCAGGAGCUGAGCAGAGGCUGAAGCAGCUACAAGAGGAGCUCAAGUGUCAGAGGCAAAAUGCUGAAAGCAGCCGACUGCAGCACCAGCAGCGCACUAAGGAGCUGGAGAAGCAACAUCAAAGGGAUUUGACAGAGCUUCAGAAAGAGAGGCAGUGUCUGGAGAGGCAGCAUCAGCAGGAGGUGAAUAAGCUCAAUCAGGAGCUCCAGCAGGCUAGGACACUCCACAAUGCCCUGCAGGCCCAGGCUGACAAGCUGUCUCUACAGAAGCAAGCAUUGGACAAAGAGCUGGACACCACAAAAGAGAAGCUGAAGUGGACAGAGGGACAACUGAAGGAGAGCCAGAAGAAAGAGACACAAACGCAAGCCAGACUGACGGAAGCGGUGCGUGAGGCGGAGGGUGUGGCAGUGAGUCUGGAGCAGAGCCGGAAGAGGGAACGAGCUCUGGAGGAGGAGGGGAAGAGAGUGGCGGAGGAACUAGCUGACGCCCUGCGUCUCAUCAAAGAACUGCAGGAGCAAAAAUCUGUUCCAGCACCCCCUCUGCAGAGUGUCCAAUUUUGCCCUGUUGGACAGAGUUUCUCACCUCAGUCUUCCUUUUCUCAUCACCCUCGACCGUCAGCCCACUCCAAGAGGCCUGCUUCUACCCGACCUGAGCAGAGGAGGGAAGAGGAUGUAGAUGCGAGAAGAGCAGAAACUACAGCAUCUUACCCGUCUGACAGAGAACCAGGCGAAGGAAUUGAUUCUGAACACAUUACUGACCUUACCUCCUCAGACUCUGAGUGUUUGCAAAGAGCAGGACACAGAAGACAAAGUAAUGAAGAGGACAACAGGAGAAGAAAUGAGUUAAUGGACUGUGAUAUGUCUGGGACAAGCAAGAGCUGUUCCACUCACUCUGCCGUCAGUGCGCCAAUCAACUCGUCUGUGGAUAGUGAUAAAAUGAUUGAUCCUGAACGCUCAAUUCUGGCACAAAGUUCAGUGCUUUCUGCUGAAAAAACGUAUUCCCUAAAAUCCGAGCAGCUCAUUGCCUCUGAAGACCUAAAGAGAGAGAAUGCCAUGCUGUGCUCAGAGAUCCAAGAUGUACGUGACGAACUCCAGAAACGACUUGAAGACCUUGAAACUCAGCGACGGGCCGAGGCAGAAGCCAGGACCCGCCUCAAACAGUUGAGCCGGAAACACAGCAGUCAAACUGUGGAGAGAGAGGAGAAAGACAAGGAAUGGAAGGCACAGCUGGACAGUGAAAAGGCUGAGACAGAAAGGCUGAGGAGGACCAUAGGUGCUUUGGAGGCAGAGAUGAAGAGAGUAAAGGAGGAAAGAGACAAGAAGAAGAGAGAGGAGCAGGAGGAGGAGAAAAACCAAGCACAGGAAGACAGAGAGAGUGAAAUGAUAGAACUAAAUAUUCAGCUGAAGAAGCAGCUAGCAGAGGUGAAAUGCCAGCUGGCUUUAGAACGAGAGGAAAGAAAAAGAGAGGAAGAGGAGAGGAACCAAAUAACAGAUACAGACAGUGAUGUGAAGAUGGUGCUGAGUUUAAAACUGGCAGAACUUCAAGCUGAAGUAGAAAAACUAAAACGCAGAGGGAAGGAAGACUCACAAGAAGAGGAGAGACUCUCAGCUGCCAACAGCCCGCUGACGUACCUGACUCUCCAUGAUGAUGAGCUCAACUCCAACAUUGUUUCCUGUGAUGGCAAACUCCUCCCUUCACCAGAGCAGCACCUCCUCUUCUGCCAGUCCACCAACCAACGCAACAUGCUUGUGUCUCGGGCAACAGCAGACAUCAUCCAAGAAAAGCGAACAGUGAUGGAUGCUGAGCAUUCACUUCUGUCAGAUGAAGUUCAAGAAGUGGCCUCUGACCCAGCAAACAGUAAACCAAACUAUCUUGGAGGGUCUUCCCCCUCCAAUCUCCAGAAGGAGGACCUUGCUGCCUCCAAUCUUGCCAAAGAGGUGGAACAUCUACAGAAGGAAAAGCAAAAGGAAACAGAACGUGCUAACCAGUGCCAAAUAAAACUGGAGGCCCUGCAGAACCAGGUUACACUUCAGACCAAGCAGCUAACUAUGGCCUUUGAGAAGCAGAGUCAGCAUAUCUCAGGCCUUUUAGCCGAGUUGCAAGAGAAGGAGAGCGCCCUCCUCAGCCAGGCAGAAGAACUGCUGCAAUGUAAGCAAGAGCUUGAUGUACUGAAAACGGAAAAAGAAGAAGAGAUAAAGACGACGGCCAAAGACGUGGAGAACGAGAGACAAAGACAACAACAGCAAGAUGAAAAGUUGGUGGAGAUCUCAGAGAUCCACCUGAAACAGGAAAAGGAGUAUCCCAUCACCCACCACACUGCAGACUCACUGGCAGAUGAUGACUUGAAUUUACAGAAAGAUGCAAGUCAGCCAAAGACUAAUACACGUAUCGCUGAAACAGCAACAUCUAGUAGCUGUGAAGAAGACAAUGAAGCAGGAUGUUCAGGAGAGCUGCAUGUAGACUCUGGAGGCUCCAACGAGACUCAGAGUAACCAUGACUCUGCUUGUGUGAAGGCAGAUAAUCAGAGCCGUCAAAAUGGAGGAAGGGCAGACCUGGUUGCAGAACUACUUGCUCUCCAACAGGAGAAUCAGCUGCUGAAACAAAGACUGGAGGAUUUGACCAUUUCAGACUCCAGAAGCCCAACCUUGCAGACCGAUUGUGAAAACAGAGAAGCCCCAUACAAGCAAAGCCAAGACAGAGGAGAUGCUGCUAUGUCCUGCUUGAUGGAGCAGAAGACGCAUAAUGUGCCGAGCGACGUCAUAACUGAGGAACUGCAGUCAUUACAGGAGAAUGUGAAGAGGAGUGAAGAUGAAGGACAAGAUCUAGAAAGAGAAGACAGAACCACACAAGCUGAAGAAGAUUUAGACGAAGUGUCUCAGGCCCACAUCAACCACCUACAGCAACAGGUGGAGGCGCUGCAGAUGCAGGUAAGAGCUCUCACCGAGGAGACCCAGCAGAAGGCUGAGGAACUUGCAGUUUGGAGACUGACCUCCCAACCAGCCCCGACAUUUGACCAAUUCCUUCAAAGCACAGACGCCCAGAGUGAAACACAAAAACGGACGACCCAGAACCAGGCUCAAACUGUCCAGGAACCCUCGCUGGGUACUCAGAGGAACCAGGGUAGCAUCACAGUCAUCAGAGAAGAUGAGUUGUUCCUCAACUGCUCCUCCAACAAACUACAAGCCCGCACGUUAUUCUCCAGACUUCAGAACAGCAAUGUUGUGGAACCAAACCCUCUCCAUCCCUCUAAAAAGACUGCAGCAUUUCAGGAAUACAGUCAGGACACUGCCAAGACUGAUCAGGAAUCUGAAAAAGAAAACCAAGAGAUAAACUUCCUACAAUGGUCAGAUGCAUGUCCAACGCAACACAAACUGAAGAGAGACACUGAACUCAUCCAAAUUUCAUCGGACAAAAUGGCUCAACAGCACAUAGCCAAAGAUCCCCACAAGGUCUCAGGACCACAUCUGACCAACACUGGAAAACCUGAAACCAAGACAAAUCCUUCUAGAGAAGCCAGUGAAAUAAACACUAGCAGUAAUUUUCCAGACAGAGGUGUCAAGUUGGAAAUGAAAAAUGUCAGCAGUCAAACAGAGGAGAGCUUGUGUCCUCGUGUAACAGUAUGUGCAAACACACAGACUGAGGAGGAGGAAGAGAAUGAAGAAGAGUUGGUGGACUCCCCUCCUGUCUCUCCUGUCCCAAAAGCUGAAGGGACGGCGGCAGAAGACAAAAUGUUAUUUUCAGGUUCUUUCCCCAUCCCGGCUGACCCGGCCCGGCUGGCUGAAAGAAUCCGCCGUAACCGGACACAGUUGUCAGCUGCCUUUGAUGACACGGAGUAUGAACCUUAUGGCCUGCCAGAAGUCGUCAUGAAAGGUUUUGCUGAUAUCCCCAGCGGUCCGUCAUGUCCCUACAUUGUGAGACGAGGUUUGUUAGGCACAACUGUUGUACCCGCCGCUCCCAGAGACACUGGAGAUGAGGAGGAUGAGACGGAUUAAAACACAGCAACAGUCUGCAGAUCUGAUGGGAAAACCUGAUCAUGGUGGUUUAUUGAUGAACCUGAGUGAUGGACAACAGCAGCUUCAGAGACUCGAAGCCCUUCAGACUUUGACACAAACACAGAACCAGUUUAAAAAGCUACAAUCAGCCAUGGACUGCUGUACACGUGUGUGCAGGUAACUGGGCCUGCACUGACAGAAUAAACACUCUACUGUGGAUCCAAAAUGUUUAAAUGGCCACUAGUUUACCCUCAAAUUACUGUGUGGAGACUUGCCCAUCACAAUGCUGCCACUUUUCACCCACCUGUAUAUUUAUGUACAAGAGGUGGUGAUUUAGUGAUGCUUGUUGAUGUUUCUUGAACUACUUUUCCAAAGGGAUUGUUUAGUUUUUUUGAAACUCAGAAGUAACUUAUGCCUAGCCUCAGCUUACUUCGAAUGAAACAGUGCCUGGUUGAUGUUUUUCUGAACAAGCACUUGUCAAGAUAAGUUUGACUUGUUUUCCUAAAGGGUGAAGCCAAGAGAGGCCUGUUGUGAGAACAUGAUAUAUAUUUUCAUUUUUUAGCUUCUUGAGGUGACUUAUUUAUGGACACUUGAAUGUGUUUUAGUUGAGGGACGUUUACAAAAAAGUGUGAAAGCAUAGUGAGUGUGUGUGAAACAAUAGCUGUGAAUAUGAACAUGUGUGUCGUCAUCUUGAUGUUACUGUUUGUAUAUGUGUGUGGGAGAGAGUGAAGUGAGCACAUGUCUAUGACUCAGUCUAACCUGCAUUGGUUUCCGCUCCAUGUAUGGUGAUGCACUCUGUGCUCCCGUUCUCCUCCCUCUCCUGCUUUGCUUCUCAGUCCUACACUAACAAGCUCUCAGUGGUUAGUUUUACAACAAAUUCACCAAAAACUAAACAUGUGAAGCUUUAUUUUGUUAGAAUGCAGAUAACCCGAGGGGAUAUCAGAAAUAAUUUAUUUUACUGAUGAAAUAGUUUCUUUGUUUGUUUGUUUUGGGUUUUUCUUUGCACAUAUGCUACUGUGCCAUAGCCCACAUUCCCACAUUUCUACGCACUGUAGAUUUAGCAGAUAAGUUUAAAAUGGAUGUUCAGUUUGUUGAUUGUCCUGCAGCAACAGAUCUCACCACUCUGCUUACAUAUAGUCAGUUAAAGGAUAAGUUCACAUUUUCCCAACUUAAAACCAUAUUCACAUGCCCUUGUGUGCUUCAAAAGAGUUACUGGUUGUUGAGUUCCCUUUCAAAAGUAAUUUCAGUGUAAAUAGUGAAGAGCUAAAUCCACAGUCUUUGAUCUUCAGUUCAGCAGACGCUAAUGUGACACUUGAAACAUCUGAGUUAAGGCUUGGUUACAUCAGAAAGUGGAACCACGUAUUUAAUCUUUGCGUCUCUCUGGAGUAUUUGUGAUAUAGCAGCUUUACUUGCAGGGCUAGUUGGUGAAACGACCUGUCAGUCACUGCAGCUCCUGGAGAUUUUCUGUUUUAUGUCUCUUCUAUUCUGUUCACCCUCUUGGCAUUUAAUUCAUCAACAGUUACUGAGGAGGGAAAAUGAAGCUCUUACUUUGGGGGUUGGCUGAUUUUGUGUUUUCCAGGCCCAAUACAGAACUGAUUAUUUGUAGUCAAUGAGAUUUUUAACUGAUCCUAGAACCAUUAUACAUAUUAAAAUACAAAACAAAUUUAGAAUAACACCACCCUGAACACAAAACUGUGAUGAAAUUCCUUUGCUUAUUAAUGUUUUGCACAUUUAAUUAAAGAGAACAUUUCAACAUUUAUCUUGCAUUGUCUGUAAGCUAUAUCUUGUACGGGGAGCGAGUCAGAUAGAUAAAGAGAGUUGGCUGUAUCAUAGUCAAAGUAACAUAUCUUUAAAUUUUUUCAUUGGGAGCUUGUACAAACAAUAUGAUACUAAUUAGCAGAAAAUGCAUAGUGAUGGAUCAGAUAAUUGGCUCUUUUUCUGAGAAAUUCCUAAAUAGCUGGUUUGAAAACUUGCUAGCUAACAUGGCUGCUGAUGUGACAAUAAAUUUAUUCUAAAGUUGUAUUUGUACUAUUGACUCCUGUCUCAUAACUGUCUGCAAACCAUGAAUGAAAUUAAAAAAAACAAGGUUUGCAUUCUCAGGUUUGGACCACGUGUCUGCUCAGAAGGUUGGCAUUGUGAAAGUGUCUUAUCUUUAGUCUACGGCUUUAAUUUGCGUCAAAGUGGAAUUACAUAGUCUGUAAGGAAAUCCACUAAUGAUUCUGGUGGAAUAACUUGUUAAAUUAUGGUGCGAUCAGACCCUUCAGCCAAAUCAAUUGAUUUCUUCCAGAGUUGGUCUCUACAGCUCUGAAUUUCCUCUUUGAUCAGUCUUUUCUUGCUGGUAGACAAACCAAAAAUAAUAACAUCAGAACAGGCCGACUUAAAUUGUCCAAGAUAGGGUGUUAAAGUUUCAUUAAUGACACUGAAACUGCUUUCAGGAAGGCUCUCUGUGCAUCAAGGGGAAUAACUGAAGUGGAGUGCUUUUGAUUUUAAACUUAAUUUGUAUUGAGAGGUGGUCGCUCUCUGUUGGCUGUGGAUUUGUUAGAACUAGUAGACAUUCAAGAAAUUUAGGUCCUGAAUCAGCCUCACACACACCAACACACACUUCAGCUGCCUUCGUAUCUCUGGGAUUUGUAGUCUUUUGGCGGUGAGCAGGGAAUCUUAUUCUGUAUUUGUUGCCUUGUUUUUGAGCAAUUUUAUGUGAAUGUUUCUGUAUUGUGUUCACGGCUAGAAUAAAAGGUUUGGUCUGAAUUUGAA